CCCUUUCUCUUGUUUUUACCAUUAUAUAACCUUGCCUAUUUGGUAUGCUACGAUAUUCUACACGUUCAAUAAGAUUACAACCGAGAUUGUUAGUACGACAAUUUCAUCCGUCACCUUCUUUUGCUCAACAACACCAACAAAAGAAGAAACCAAUCUUUGGUCAAAUUAAGGAUGCUUGGAAUAAUACAGAAACAGUGUGGUACCCUAUUCCAGUUGGUCUUGGUUUAGCUGUUAUAGGAUAUAUUCAAUAUCGUCAUAUACGUCAAAGGGAAGCAACAAAAGAAGUCGAAGAACAAACAAAACCAAAAUAUGUGGCCGAUGGACCUUGGCAGGUUCAUGUAGCAGCUGCUUUACCACUUCGUACAAUGUCAAGAAUUUGGGGAGCAUUCAAUUCACUUACUAUUCCUACAGUUCUUCGUCCUGCUGGCUUCAAACUUUAUAGUUGGAUCUUUGGUUGUAAUUUGGAUGAAAUGAAAAAUGGUGAUCUUUAUUCCUAUCCCAAUCUUAGUACAUUCUUUUAUCGUGAAUUGAAGGAAGGUGUUCGUCCUAUUGCUGAUUCUACUCUGGUGUCACCUUCAGAUGGGAAAGUUCUUCAUUUUGGCAUGGUACAAGAACGGGAAAUCGAGCAAAUCAAAGGUAUUACAUACUCAUUGGAUGCAUUACUAGGGUCUGGUGAUAAAAGUGUAGUACCAUCAGUAGAAGCAAGAAAUUCAACACAAUCAUCAGUGGUUGAUGAAGAAACAUUUGCUGAUGUCAAUGGUAUUCAAUAUUCUUUGGACGAUUUACUUGGUAUGGAUCAUCAUGGUGGUAUUGAAACUGAUAGUAGUGUGGGACCAGAUGGUUUAUCUCGAUCUGAAGGCGAAGUUCCUGAUGCAGAAGCAAGAGAAAUCAUCAAACAUGAAGAACUCCAACUCAAUGGUAAACUGGAUCAUAAAGUUAAACCUGGACAUGGUCUUUUCUUUUGUGUAGUUUAUUUAGCUCCUGGUGAUUAUCAUCGAUUCCAUUCUCCUGCCAAUUGGGUAGUUGAAACUAGACGACAUUUUGCAGGUGAACUUUUCUCAGUAUCUCCUUACUUUGUCAAGUUACUACAAAAUCUUUUUGUAUUAAAUGAACGUGUGGUAUUACUUGGUAAAUGGAAAUAUGGUUUCUUUUCUAUGAUUCCUGUAGGUGCUACCAAUGUGGGUUCUAUUAAGAUCAACUUUGAUGAGGCAUUGAAAACCAACAAGAAAGAAGAUUUACCAACGGGUACUUUUACCGAAGUGACUUAUCGUUCAGCUAGUAAACGUCUUGGUGGAAAACCUUUACAGUAUGGUGAAGAAAUGGGUGGAUUUUAUCUUGGAUCAACGGUUGUACUUGUAUUUGAAGCACCAUUGUCAUUCAAAUUUAACGUGACUGCCGGACAAUCAAUCAAGAUGGGAGAAGCUUUAGGUGAAAUAGAACAAAAGAAGGUGGAAUGAUGUUUAUAGUAUUAUAGUUUAGAUGCCUUUUGUAUUUAUUUUUGAACAUGAUUGUAUUAUCAUCUUUACCCUUAUAGAAUAAAAGAGAGAAUAAUGAUGAAUUUUGUUGAUUUA